CAAUGUUCUUUAGCAAUGCCAGUCUAAGUGCUCUUCGUCCAACAUGUCCUUAAGAAAGCUCAUUCAGCAAAACCGCAAUGCCAAUUUUGUGGGCUACUGUGUUAGUCCAAGUUACACACCUUACUUAGAUCCGAUGUGCAGUCCCCAGAUGGAUAAUAGAAGAAUUCAGAGUCUGGCAAACACAGUGGGGACGUUACCAAGGGGACGCAAACAGCUUGCUUUAACCAGAUCAAGUUCCUUAGGUGACUCUUCUGGGCCACAAAGACGGCUUCUUGCUAUUGUCAAAGAAGAUAAUGAAACAUUUGGAUUUGAAAUUGAGACACGUAGAUUACAACACCAAAAUGCUUGCUCCCUGCAAAUAUGCACUUAUGUCUGCAAAAUACAAGAAGAAAGUCCUGCCCAUCUUUCUGGUCUGCAAACAGGUGAUAUUCUAACCAAUAUCAAUGGAGUGAACACUGAAGGUUUUAGUCACAAGCAAAUGGUGGACUUGAUAAAAUCUUCAGGGAAUUAUUUAAGGUUAGAGACUGUUAAUGGAGCCAGGAUUGUUAGGAGAAUGGAACUUGAAACCAAGCUGCAGUUAUUGAAGCAAACUUUGCAGGAAAAAUGGGUGGAGUUUCGAUCUCUGCAAUUACAGGAACAAUGCUUGCUGCAUGGGGAGGUGAAUGACAACAAUUUUGACACCCUGGAAUUGGAGUCCAAUUUAUUUGGUAGUUGUGCUUCACCAAGGCCUGCCUUCCCAAUUAAACCCCGAUUCUCCAGCGAAAGCAGCUGUAAAAGCCGGCUGAGCUCAAUGACAGUGGACAGUGAGGAUAGCUUCUACCAGACCUCUGUUUUUGAGGAUUCUGCUCAUGAGACUCUGAGCCAGCAGUCGAGCACAGAUGACGAUUGCUUCUUUUCGAGGGACAAUGACACUGAAGUAGGGAAAUAUUCACUGAGGAGGAACAGAAGCAUCAGUCUGGCUAGCAGUGGAUCAAUGUCGCCCUCAUGGGAGGGAGGCAGUUUUUCAAAUAUUUUUGGAACACUCCCACGGAAAAAUAGGAGAGGAAGUGUCCGAAAGCAGCUUUUAAAAUUCAUCCCAGGUCUUCACCGAGCAGUUGAAGAGGAGGAAAGUCGUGUCUGACAUCUUAAGUAUCGUCUUCAGUAGCCAGGACAGUGUUAGUAUCCAUAGGCAGAAACUGCAGCAGUAAAACCACAUAGUGCCCAGGAUUCAUACUAACUACUCAGCCACGCAUUUUCUCCUGACAUAACCUUAUGACAGGACUGACAUUAUUUAAAGUGCUGAUUUUUUUUGUUAUUCUUGAAUGCAGCUAGCAUGCUGUGGACCCAGCUUUGUUAGUAUAGAACAGAUUUUCAGGGACUAACUUUGGUUUGUGGAAAAGCUUUGCAGCACCUCCCCAUUGACCCUUUUGUUACCAAUGUUGUCCUCUCUGUGUGAGAGUUACAGCUAUUUAUUUCCUAUGUUAGUGAGCCAAAUAUUAUAUUCUUCAAAGAACUUUAUUAAAGGGCCUGCUGCUGCUGCAAUAAUUGGCAGAAGUCCCAGUGUGAGCAGGAUCAGGCCCCAUGUAUACAAGUGUGCACACCACAGAAGAACAAAAUUGUGAAAAGAAGUGCAGUAACUAGAUGUCUGAAGGAUUUACUUGUAUGUUUGUUAACCUUGUUGCCUGUGCUGUGGCUCAGACUAGGGUAUAUUUGAGUUUCUGAAGCAGAGACUAGGGACUUUUAUUUAAAUGCAGUUGUCAUUCCAGUCAGUAAGCUAGAGACCACAUUUCUUCAGUCAUUCACACCCAUAGGACAGCAUGCACACGCUGCAGGACCCAUAGCAGUAACUCCUAGGAUAUCACUGGGAUUUUUCUUGUCUCUUCAUACUAAUAUUUUAACACAAAUCAUAACCUAUGGCCCACCACUUUCAGACCUGUCUGGUCCUGAUGAUUGAAAUCACUGAUAUAUCAUGCUAAGUCUUUACCAUCACAGGGAAUUUGAAAUCUAGGGUCACUCACAAACUUACAUGAUUCCUCAGAUAAUAACCCAAAGCUUUUGUCAUAUGGCAGCUCAUUCAGUACCAUUGUCUAUUGUUUUUACACUAGACUGGCCACAAUAGCUGAGUUACUGAGCUUUUUAAACAUGGUGUGUGUGUAUGUGUGUGUUUCAUUCAUCUGGGUGUGGGGGACAAACUGGGACCAUUGAACGUAAAUGAACUUGGGAGUCAAAACAUUUCAGUUUUCUAAAAACUGGUGGAGAAAAGCAUAAAGGGUUAUUGGCUUAAAAAUGGCGGGGGUAUCUGAAAUAUGAGACAACUGCAGAGCCACACUCCUUGGACUAUGAUUGAGUAUGUUUGGGGGAGGUAUUCAACUGAGGUAUGUUGUUUGAUCUGCAGCUGCACGGUAGUAUAGAAAGAGAGAGGAAGUGGCUUUCUGGUGCUGCUGGUAUCGGACUGACAUUAGCUUCAGUGACAUGAAUUGACCUUGUACUUAGCAGCAGUGUUGACAAAGAUCAUUGAAAUGGUGAACACCAAAGAAAUACUGGACAGAUGUGUACAGAUCAAAAUAACAUCCAUUGCAGUAGUUUGGUAACAAACAGUUUGGUAGAUUUCAGUAGUUUGGAAUGAGAUGCCAGAAAAGGAGUCUUCCAGGGUGAACUGAUUGAAAAUAGAAAGAAAAGGAAAACCAAAUGACAGCACAAGGUUCUGGAAAACUAGUGAUAUAGUCUGACGGCUUUUGUGUUUUCUCUGCUUCAAGACCCUGCUAUGACAGCUCAGGUGGGCCCAUUAUCCUUGCUUAUAGUGACAUGUCUCUAACUCCUGUCACUUGUUUCUGAAAUUCUAAUCAGGCUUAUUGAAAACAUAUUUCCCUGUACUGUACAUAUGUCAGGCUCAGUAACAAGUAAUUUAAAGGUUAUGCUUCUUCACUGUCACCAGUUGAGAUUGUUGCAGUCAAAGAAGCAUAUCAGAAUUUCAGCAGUCUUGAGAAAAUAUUGAUCAGCGAACAAUGACCUAAAUACAGUACAUCAAAUGAAUUCUCCUUCUUCAAGUUUCCAUAGAAAUAAGUACAUCCCUUCCUAUGCCAUUCUCCUGGGAUGUUCUGCAGUUACCAAUGGGAUUUUGUUUUGUUUCUGAAUGGAAUGUGAGAUUUCAGUCUCACCUUCAAAAACUCAGUGUCAGGGAAGUGUGCCUUUUGGGAUUCAAACCCCAUAAACAAGCUUGCACUCUUAAGACUUCAUGGAACUCUCUAUACAGUAUUUUGGUGUUUUACUGCUGCUGAAACAAAAGGGUCAGCAAUUGUCUAGGUUUUUUUUAGGACUAAAGAUUUCUAUAGUGUAUGGAAUGAAGAUGGAAGGGAUAGUUUACCCAAGAUUAUAGGAAAUUAUUUAAUAAGUUUGGAUAUAGAAUGGGAAGGAAAGGAGACACUUUAUGUAUAUAUCAGGCAUUAUGUGUGCAUAACACUUAUAAUAGAUUAAGCACAAAUUAAGUCCUCUAAACUGUGGCAAAACUUUUCAAAACAUAGCAUAGGUGGAAGAAGUGUUAAUGUAAUUAUCUAUAAGAAUAUCUUUCGUUUACAUGACUCACUUGGUUUUAACUGACGACAAAAAAAAAAUAGAGCAUUAAGAGGUAAUUUAUGCUUCAGACAUUUCUCUAACAAGAUGUCAGUUAUGUUUAAAACAUCAGAGUCAAACCAGCAAGUUUCACCACCACAAACAAACAAAAAGUCAAAGAAAUAUCCUCCAUUGUACCCAAUAUUCCUUUAGUUGAUAAAUUUGUUUCAAAGGCACAUCUUCCAAGGUGAUUUAGCCACCUACCACUUGUUAAACCAACAAGAGCCAUGAACCAACAUUUUAAAUAGUUUUUAUAUUUUUUUCUAAGAGGAUUAAAAAGAUUGUAGUACAGCAAUUCUCCAUGUGAAGUUGAGGGAAGGGAAACAUUACAUGAACAUGGGGAAAGCUUCAUUGCUCUGUUUAUUAUGAGAACCACAUUUGUUUGUUUAUUCAGUUUAACAUAUAUGUUUAUUAUUAUGCUAAAAAUUGAACUUGUGCUUUAACCCCUAAAUUCCCAUGUCUCUGGUAGUUCAAAGUCCAACCCUUGAUCCAGCUGAGCUCUGAAUUCCCUGGCUGGCCCUUAACCUGAGCAAAACCAAAGCCCUUGAUUCAAAUAACCCCACACCUGGAUCCAAUCUAAUUUUUGCAUCUGAAGUCCAUUUCUGAGUCAACACAGUAAAUCCCAGGCAAAAAGUUAAGAUAAAUCACAUGUAUUUUCAGAAAUUGCUUUCUUGUUUUGUUUUUGUUUUUUGCCCACAGUUAUUUUUAGAUGCAAUGUCACUAGGAUGUCUUGUGGGAAAAAUUAGAUGCUUAGAUGUCCAAGUGAAAGUGACUACAGGCACAGUGAUGCUCUAGUGAAGGCUGGAUUGAAAAUUAUGCCCAUAAUACCGCUCUGAGAACAUAUAGGGCCUAACGCUUCAACCUCAAUCCCAAAUAUUCAGGUGCAAUUCUGCAAAUGCAAAUAAUUGGGCCCACAUCUUGCACAUGCAAAUAACUGCAGUUGCACAUGGUAGCACCUAGACAUGUAACAAUCCAACAUAUAGGUACAAAUAAUGAGGCAGAGUUAUUUGUGCAUGCAAAAUUGCACCUGCCAAGUUAGAAGCCAUCUCUGAAAAUCAGGCCUUUUAAGUAUAGGAAGUUUCUAAUUGAAAAUCCUGCAUUAAAAUAAAUAUUUUCUUUCUUAGCAUGUCUACCGUACAUGUAGGUUAGAAUCCUGGUCCUACUGAAGUACAUUGAUUUCAACAGGGCCAGGAUUUCAUCAUAUUUAGGAACAGGAAUUCCAUAGCUGUGUUAAAAUUUUACUCACAAGUAAAAAAUACCAUUUCAUAUUAAAACUGUAGAAUAUUGUUGCAGGAAAAGGGUCUCUGAUUUGUGCUGAAGUACACACAAAUUGGGAGAUAAUGAAUAUGCAACUGAUGCGUGCAAAGGUGGGCUUUGUAUAAAAUGGUUUGCAAGUACAUGGAUCAGGGGCCCUUCGAACAUAUGACCCCAUGUAGCUAAAUCCUUUCUCCCCUUUAAGGGAUUUACCUACAUCCUUGGUGGUUAUAUAUCAGAGCAAUGAAAAUGGCUGGAGUCAGUCUUUUAAUUUGAGCUUGAUCAGUUUAACAGAACAUAUGGAUCUGAAUUCUGUGCUGCACUUUAACAGCAGUGAGGAACUAGAGAUAGGCCAGAACCACAAAUUUCAGAUCCAAAUAUGGAUUUCAAGUCCUUUAGUGUUCAAGAGGUUGUUCCACAUGGAGCAACCCAACCUUCAUCAGACCACCUCCUCUCCAAGGUAAGAGGGUGUUUGGAACCAGGGUUUUGGUCUGAGACCAUCUCCACAAGCAACAUAUGUUCUCAGACUUUCCCGUUGGACCUGAACGUGAAAGUUUGUACCCUUGCACCGUCAAUAAUGUGAGUAGCUAAAGGCUGACUGUGUGCACUUGGUAAGAACCCCCUCAUAAGUCAACAUGACAAAAUAUUGGUUAAGUACCAAGUUAUUAACCAACCAGCCAGGGAAUUCAGCUGGUCAGGCGACGAUGGUUAAAAGAGAGACAGGAGGGAAAGGGGCAGGCAGGGCAAAGGAGCCCAUUAUCUUAGAGAGGUGAGAUCUCUCCCUCUCUUCUGCACUUUGCCUUGGUAUUAGGUAAAGACCUGAGGAAAAGUCGUAUGCUGUAGGGAACAAAUAUUUAUAAAGCACUUGGUAUUGAACUUGCUACUAGUGUGUAUGAGGACUAUUUGCAGUAAGGAUCCAGGAUAAGGGAACCCUGUCCUGUGACAAUAAACAGACAUUUUAUUUGUGUUGAGUCAAAUGCAACCUCAAAGUCUAAACUGUAGCUCUUUGUAUUGAAAGAACAUAGACUAGAUAGUAAACUCAUGGAAAUUGUUUAAAAUAAAAAUAUUUUUGUUUCUCUUCUUCAGAA